CCGUGUUUGAGUGCCGCCAUGGCAGCGGCGGCGGCUUCAUCUUCAUCUGCCGGUGCUGCGCAUCAGGCCGAGGUGAGUCAAGGCACAGCACACACACACUCAUCGUGUGCCACCGUCAAUGAUUCAUUCAUUUCUUCGUUUGCUUGUCUUCGUUUCAUCAGGUGAUGGGACGGUCUGCGAGUAGUCGUUACAAAGAGGGCACCCGUGUGGUGUCGCUGUCGAGCACCAGGAGGGCUCCGACCAAUGACUACGUGUGGGUCACCGCCAAAGUAUAUCGCGUCGACCCGCAUGUAGUCUACAUGAAGGCGGGCACUCUGCACGAGGGGACGGCGCUUUACAUGAGGGAGGUCGGCGGCUCGGAAGAGGAGUUCAAAGUGCUGAAGCCGCACCAGACCAACACAGACACACAAACGCACCCACAGGCACCCGUGGUAGGCAAACACACCUCAACAGAAAGGUCCCGGGCAGCACUCUGUGAUGCAUGUCUGUGGUGCUUUGGUGUGAUGUGUGUUCAGGUGUGGGAUGCUAGCAAGAAGGUACACACGGCCACACACGACACGCGAACGAUGUCAGCCACUCUCAUGUCUAUCUCCCUUGGUCUUAUCUUCGGUGCAGGCCCCUGAACGCUUUGGCGAGGACCUUCUGGCCUCGUUCUUUAGUUUCAUGACCCCUCGCGAGCUGUCGGCCAUCUUCCCACCCCCUCGCAGCACCGACUCCAUUGGCGCAGCCACACCCGCAGCAAAACCACGGCCCAGAGCCGUCCAGCGCGUCAGUGCUGCCCGACCAAACCCCACCACCACCACCACCACAGCCCCAGCGCCCCUCUUCGCCGGCAUCUUCGCGCCUGCCCAAACACCAUCCACAUCACAAUCGACAGCCACACCCGCCAGCUGCUUAUUCGAGCUCGGCAAGGCAUCCACGGGGGGAGUUGGCGAUCUCUUUCAUGGUGGGGCGGCAGCGUCGGGAGGUGGCUCUCUCUUCGGCGAAGUCGGGUCGACAAGCAGCGGCACUGGCAGAGGGAGUCUGUCUGGCCAGGGCGGGGCUGCCACUGGGACGGCUGGCAUGUUCGGCGGCAGCAUCUCUGGCGGCGCUGGUGAGUGUGUGACGUCACGAAGCAACACACACAUGGAUGGAUGGAUCAAUCUCCUGCUGGCUGCAUGUGUGUGUGGAUCCAUCAAGUGUGGCGGCGACAUCAUCAUUCAGUGGACCGUCAUUCUCAGCUCGGGGCAGCAUGCUUGGCGGUCCGGCCUUCGGGCAGCAGCCAUCCGGUGGUGCCACGCGGAGCAGCCCCUCCCUCAUCCACACGGCAGCCCUUCACCAGCAGACACACGUCGCCAUCGACUCUUCCACCGAUAUCGACCGUCACUUCUGGGACAACAUGACGACUGAGAAGGCCUUCCAGCUCGGCAAACGGCUCGUCAACCUGACGGCCCUCACUCUUGUGCAGCCACGCCGCGGCCGGUCAUGGUGUCUGGGCAGCAUGAUAAAUGUCGUAGAGGGCCAUGCGGCCGGGCGGCGCGAGGCGCGCGAGAAGGAGGGGCAGCGGCUCAUGGCGGAGGGAUCGCUGGAGACCAUCGACUUCACCACCGCCCCCACUCGCACCAGCCGCAGCUCCCCGCCCUCCCUCCCUGUCACCCAGCCCCCCACCCUCCAUGCCCUCAGGGCCGUCACUGGAGCCGUCCACCAGCACAGUGUGCUGGCCGACAGGGGCUGGAAGAUGCCCGCACUCGAGUAUGUGGACCAGGACGGGUGGGGUGCCAGCGAGCUCGGCCGCUUCGUCAGCUCGUCGCCAUCGCUGAAAGAGGUUGGGGGGCGUCGGCGGUCAUGGGGGCAGUGGGCGACUUUGUUUGAGCACUUCCCUGAGGCACCUGAUGGGCAGCCGGGGCCGCUCAGCCACCUCCAGAGCAUCGGAGGGAUCGAGCAUCCGAGGAAUCGACAGACAUCAGAAAUCACGCGACUGCAGGUAGGCAACCGUGACACAGAGGAGGCCUCAUCCGCACGUGCACACACACGCGAAUGACGCCAUUCACCUUCUGUUUCUAGAACGUGCUCUCAUCGCGUGGCUGCCGCAAGUCGCUCACAAGCCUCGACGUGGAACUCUCACCAUUCAGGGACCACGACGACCUGUCUGCCCUGCUGGCUGUUGACCGCUUCAUCAACACCUGCUGCACCUCGCCGGACGUGCCGCUCUACGUGACGGUUUUGAGGGGCAUCUUCAACUUGGCCGUCUUCUACGCCGACGCAUUCCCCCGUCGCCCCUCGCCCUUCAUCAAGACGGCCAUCAAGGAGGCGGCACGGCAGACGAGGUACGUGUACUACAGGCUCAGCCAGCACGACGUCACCCACCCCCUUGACGACCCCAGCCCGGCGGCCACCGACAUCGCAUCGAGCCUCUCAUUCGACGAGGCGCGGAGGGUGUCGGUCCACAAUGCCAAUGGCUUCGCUCCCCCUCCCGGCACCCCCCCACCCGCCCCCGCCAUCAUCAACGACCUGCAGCAGUUCCCGAGGGCGGGAGAGCUGUAUUUCAGCAGCCGUCUGGGCGUUGCUGCGGGCCGGCUGUUGGCGCAGAGGAUGCCCAGGGAGGUGGUGAGGGUCCUGUUUGAUGGAGCUGUCAGUGCACAGGACAGGAUCGGCGUGCUGGAGGGAUUGGGGGCCUGGAGGGAUGUCAACACUGUCCGUGUGGGUGAGUUAGAUUGGGUCAGUCUCACGCAGGGCGGCGCCUUUGACGGCUGGGGGUCGAAUGGCCUGCCAUCGAUUAGCAACAUAGGCAUGCAGUUAGAAGGUAUGCCGGGAGGGCAGUGAGUGCAGGAAGGUGGUCGUCGGGUCAUCAUGUGUGUGUGUCCAUCCGCCUUGUCUGUGUGUCGUCAUUCAGUGCCCCAUGAGUUGGAGGCCUCUGCUGCCGCCAACAUCAUCCGCGACGGCCUGUCAUCUCUGCUCUCCGCCGGUCUCCGCGGCCUGAGGGUUGUGAAGCUGCGGCUGCUGGACGUGUAUCACGACCUUGGCGAUGUCAUUCGUCGUGAGCUGCUCCCGCACGGCACUCGAGUGGGCGGCUUCACCAUCAACACACCGGAUAAUGAUGAGGAUUGGUGCAUUGUGCUGGUGGCAUCUCGUGACCCCUAGACGGUGAGAGCAAAACACAGGCAGAUACUCUUUAGCCCGCUGACCGGUGUAGUGUGUGUGUGUGUGUGUUUGUUUGGCCAGGCCGUCUGUCUGUCUGUCUGGCAGCAUCGUACUGUAGCUGCAUACACAUGGGAUGGAUGGACGGACGGACGGAGGCAUGAGUGUGAAGGUGCGUGGACUCAUGUCUGCGUGCCUGUUCGUUAAUACUUCUCUCCCAUUG